GCCGAGUGGACAUGCUGGCUACAUUCACCCCGCGCGAAAUUUAACUCACCUUAAACUAAAAAAUAUCCGUUUUAGUGAAUGAAAUUGAACGUUUUAGUGUAGUAAUAUCGUGCUUCAGAAUUUAGUGAAUUAGAAAAUAAUAGUGUUUUAUAUGUGUCAGUCUCGUAGAUUUUGUGUCAUUGUCUUAGGAUGAGUGCUAGUUAAAUAUACAACGGAGGUGUUUUAGAGAGUUUUUAUUAACGUUAUGUCAGUGCUACUAAUAAUAGUGAAACUACGUCCUUGAAUUUCAUGAUUAUUUACGCCAUGAAUUGAAUACAACACCGACGUUAAACUGCUACAAAAACUGCAGGACCCUGGAAGAUGGAGACGCGAGCUGAAGAGGACGAGGCGCCCAAGGACCCCGCGGCCAGGAAGCCCACGCACCAUGACUACACUGAACAGGACUUUGAAGGUCACCGCGCGCACACGGUGUUCGUGGGCGUGCACGUGCCGGCGCGCCGCGCGCACCGCAAGCACCGCCACCACCGCGACGGGGACGCCGAGCCGGAGCGACCCGUGACCCCGCCAGCGCAGCGCGUGCAGUUCAUCCUCGGCGAAGACACCGACGAUGGCACGCUGGAGUCUCACCCGCUCUUCUCCGAAAUGGAGGAGCUGGUCAAAGACGGAGACGAGCUCGAAUGGAAAGAGACAGCACGAUGGAUCAAGUUCGAGGAAGACGUCGAAGAAGGAGGCAACCGCUGGUCCAAGCCCCAUGUCGCUACCCUCUCUUUACACUCCCUAUUCGAGCUGCGCAGUCUACUACUCAACGGCUCCGUCAUCCUGGACCUAGAAGCCAGCUCAUUGGAACAAGUUGCGGACAAUGUCCUGGACAACAUGAUAUCCAAUGGCUCUCUCGGAUACGAUUCUCGGGAGAAGGUGAAGGACGCGCUUCUGAGGAGGCACCGGCAUCAGCACGAGAAGCGGAACCACUCGUCUCGCCUUCCACUUAUAAGGUCCUUGGCAGACAUUGGACGCAACCAUUCGUCUUGCAAAAAUUUUCAGGAAAGUAGCUCUCGAAGGUCAAGCUCUAAGAGUUGUCGGGAGUCGGGGGCGUCCCCGCACACUGCCUUACUGCAGGCGCCGGACGCUCGGGGCUCGUACUUAGCCGUGCCAGGUGCUGGAAACGAUGACGGAAUGAUAAAAAGUCCAAGCAGUAUGUCAAUGUCCAGAAACCCAAGCUCAGGGGACCUUCCCAUGAACGGUGACAUAAACCAUAAGAGCAAUACACACUUCAUGCGUAAGAUACCACCAGGAGCCGAAGCAUCAAAUAUUCUUGUAGGAGAAGUAGAUUUUCUGGAAAAAACAUUAUCGGCUUUCGUAAGACUGAAGACUGCCACAAUAAUGGGAGACCUAACAGAAGUCCCGGUACCCACACGAUUCAUGUUUGUUCUACUGGGGCCCCCUAACAGUAAUUCAAGUUUCCACGAAAUCGGCAGGGCAAUGGCCACUCUUAUGUCCGAUGAAAUUUUUCAUGAAGUUGCUUAUAGAGCAAAGAAACGAGAUCAUUUGCUAGCCGGAAUCGAUGAAUUUCUUGAUGCUGUAACGGUAUUACCUCCUGGAGAAUGGGAUCCCGCUAUACGCAUAGAACCUCCCGCAGCAAUACCAUCUCAGGAUCCUCGGAAAAGACCAAGUGACCACAAUCCCAAAGAGGAAUUAGACGAAGAAGAAGAGGAAAUAAAACAAAGAGAGGAAUCAGGCCUGUCCCGAACUGGGAGGUUAUUUGGAGGCCUCAUGAAUGAUAUCAAAAGAAAAGCCCCAUGGUAUUGGUCAGAUUUUAAGGAUGCUUUUGCAAUACAAUGCGUAGCGUCAUGGAUAUUUUUGUAUUUUGCUUGCCUUUCGCCUAUUAUUACAUUUGGUGGUCUAUUAGGGGAAGCGACUGGAAAAAACAUGGCUGCUAUGGAGUCCCUAAUAUCAGGAUUUGUCUGUGGGAUGGGCUAUGGGUUUUUUUCUGGACAGCCACUAACAAUUCUAGGAUCAACCGGACCUGUUUUAGUAUUUGAAACGAUAGUUUACGAGUUUUGCAAGCAAGUAGGAUGGGACUACAUGUCCUUUAGAUUUUGUAUAGGGACCUGGACUGCUAUAAUAUUAAUCCUACUGGUAGCAUUGGAUGCAAGUGCGUUCGUAUGCUACAUAACAAGGUUUACAGAAGAAAAUUUUGCUACGUUGAUAGCUUUUAUAUUCAUUUACAAGGCUGUGGAAAAUGUAAUUUCUAUCGGGAAGAAAUACCCUCUGAAGACACGACCCGACGAAGUGCUCAACUACGAGUGCUACUGUUUACCGAGUAAUUACUCUAAAGUGCCGGAGCAAUUUAAUUGGUCGUCGGUCGAUAAAGUCUCUUGUCAGCUAUACAAUGGCACGCUGGCGGGCGGCGGCUGUGAUACGAAGGUCUACGUACCCGACGUGUAUUUGAUGUCAAUAAUUCUGUUCUUGGGAACGUUCAUUAUAUCCAUUUAUUUGAAGGACUUCAAGAAUUCUUUAUUCUUUCCUGCAAAGGUCCGCCAAAUCAUAAGCGACUUUUCAGUAAUCAUCGCGAUUCUAUUAAUGUCAUUCUUGGAUUACAAAGUUGGAGUGAAGACACCAAAAUUAGAAGUACCAUCUGAGUUCAAACCAACACUGCCCAGCAGGAACUGGGUGAUAACCCCUUUUAACGGAAACCCAAUUUGGUCAGCCUUAAUAGCAGUACUGCCAGCAUUGUUGGGUACUAUACUGAUAUUCAUGGACCAACAGAUAACAGCUGUUAUAGUGAACCGAAAAGAGAACAAGCUGAAGAAAGGCUGUGGAUAUCAUUUGGAUCUCUUCGUGUUGGCGAUUCUGAUACAGAUCUGUUCAGUGAUGGGGCUGCCCUGGUUUGUAGCAGCAACGGUUUUGAGCAUCAACCAUGUGAAUUCGUUGAAAGUGGAGUCGGAAUGUGCUGCUCCAGGAGAGAAGCCAAGGUUCCUCGGGGUCAGGGAACAAAGAGUCACACACAUACUGAUAUUCCUCAUGAUUGGCUGCUCAGUGGUGCUCACGCCAGUGCUCAGAAACAUCCCGAUGCCAGUUCUGUUUGGAGUGUUUCUCUAUAUGGGAGUAGCUUCGUUGAAGGGUCUCCAAUUCUUCGAUCGAAUUUUGAUAAUGUUUAUGCCACAGAAAUACCAGCCGGAUCAUAUGUUUUUGAGACAGGUGCCAAUACGUCGGGUCCACAUCUUCACGGCCAUCCAAUUGACGUGCCUAGUUUGUCUGUGGGUGAUCAAGUCUUUCUCUUCAACAUCCAUACUGUUCCCUCUCAUGCUGGUGGUGAUGAUCGGCAUCAGGAAGUCCCUGGACUGCCUGUUCACUCGCCGGGAGCUGAAGAUCUUGGACGACAUCAUGCCAGAAAUGACGAAGAGGAACCAAGAUGACCUUCAUGAUCUCGACACAGAGGAAGGGGCCAAGCUGGACUCGAUCAAUCCGCCCCCGUAUCAGGAGAACCUCCAGAUUCCUCUCAUCAACGGCAACAUCAUGAACAUCCCGCUCGCCUCCAUCAACAUCUCCGAGGAAGUCAACAAGACCGGCAUCUGGAAACAAGUGAACAACAGCAACAAGAUCAACAAGAAUGAUGGGAAGGACAAACCGAAGAAUAAUAAAAAGAGUAACAAGCACAAGAAGCUAACGUCCAAAGAAUUCCAGUCGGAAUUGGAGAGGAGACUGUCUACGAUGGACGAGGUGGAGGAAGAUGAACCGUCGCUCAAGAGUCAAGUGGUGAGACGUAAGGAGUCCUGGGGAGGCAGCUGUAAAAAAAAUGAUUCCAGGAAAAAUAGUACAUCCGCUGAAACUUCAGUUUAAGAAAUCAUAAUAUUAUUGAAAUGUAUGCAACUUAUCCUAUUGAAGUCAAGCGUAAUACUCGCAAUCAUAAUUCAAUAUAAUUCAAGUUAUGGUCUAGUUAAAACCCCUGGAUAAAUAAUAAUAAUAUGUGAAUGGGACAUUUUCAGGCAUCCUCUUACCCAAUUCGAAGAGUUAUAUGGUGUAUACCUACUUAUUAUAAUGCCAGCAGAUAAAGAAUCAAUAUUAAAAUGGCGUACUGCGGGUCGUGCUGUCUCGCCCUAUUCGUAGAGCGAACGGUGUACGCCAAUACUCCAUCCUUUUCCCAGUUAUACGACUGCCAUUUUGAUAUUGUUAAUACGGACCGAAAAUUAAUGGAGCCAUAGCUUUAACAAUGGCCUUUUAGCAAUAAAAAGUCUUAAUGAUAUUCUUUAUCUGCUGAAAUAAGGAAAUGAAAAAUUACUUAUGUAUUUUUUAAUGUGCUACGCUUGACGUUUUCACCUGUAAAUCACCCCAUAUUUUGAAUGUGGUCAAGUAAAAUAACCUUUUAACAAAUAUUGUAAUCCCUGUUAUUAUGACUGAAAAGAGAGAGAAUGUAUUUUGAUUUUAAUAUGUAGGUAUUUUGAAUAGCAUUUAAGUACCUAUAUUAUAUUCGAUGUCUUAAAGUUUUACCUUAAUAUAUCUCAUG